UUGAUAUACGAUUGGAAUAUUUUUGCCAAAAGACGAUUUUUAAUGUAUUUUAUAAGCAUAAUUUAAAAAUAUGAUGUUCAUUGAGACUUGAUGUAUUUUUUUCAAGUAUUAGGUAGCAUCAAGUUUCAACGAUCCAAUUUCGUUACAAUAGAAAUUUUUUUUAAUUAAUCAAUUUAAAUAAAUAACCUCCAAACUUAGUCUGAUUAGAUGAUUUAUUAGUUGGAGAGAAGGUGAAAAUUAAAAAUAAAACUAUGGCAUACAGACAACAACCAGUUCAAGAUGAGUUGGAGAUGGAAACAUUAGCAGCAACUGAAUUGUCUAGAUUGAAACGUCAGUACCGGAUUAUGGAAAAUGAUCGUGUUACCUAUGCAGAAAAAUCACGACUUCAACUUAAGAAUCAUCAGAAUAUGAUUGAACGUUUGGAACAUGAAAAAGCUGAGUUAAUGCUUGCGAUAAAAAAUUCAAAGUCUGAACAAAAUGCAAAGAAAGAUGAAGAAAUGGAUGAAAAGCUUACUAAUUUAUUAGAGAAAAGAAGUAAAUAUAUUGACAUGAUAAAAAAUGAAAGACAACAAAUAGAUGAACUUCAGGAGCAGAUAAUCAAAGUAUCAAAAGAAGUAACUAGAUUGAAAAUGAAAAUACGAACAGAUGUACAAUCUCAAGAAAUAACUAAUAAACAUAAUCGAAUGAUUACUAUUCUGGAGAAUCGCUUGGAUGUAGCAACAAAAAGAUUCAACGUUGUAGUGGCUGAGAAUUCACAAUUGCGGGAAAAAAUUGAUAGUCUACUCAAAGAACGUGCUCAGUUUAAUAUUCUAUGGGAAAAAAUGAUUGGACAAUUAAAUACUGGCAAAUUAAUUAUAAGUGAUCUUAUUGAGCAAGCAACAAUUACGUUUAAUCAACGUGAUGAAGAGUUAAAUAAAAUUUAUGCUUUAAAAGAAAGAGGAACAAGAGAUUUAAAAGCUCACACGUCAGAAAUGUGUGAACUACAACGAACCCUUGAUAAUGAAUUAAAAUUACAAGAAUUCCUUGGAGUUAAAGGCCAGUAUCGAGAAACUGCCGAUUUGAAUGCUAAAAAGGAAGCUGAAUUUCAAGCGAAACAGGAAGAAAUUCAAAAUAAAAUUGCUUCUUACAAUGAAAUUCUUAAUCUUAUAAAAGAGUUUACUGGUGAAAACAGUAUUGACAAACUUACUGCUCAUUUUUUGAAACAAGAAGAAGAAAAUUUCGCUCUCUUCAGCUAUGUUAAUGAAUUGAAUGAUGAGUUGGAAGGUUUGCAAGUUCGUGUUGCAGAAUUAAGAGAGUCUAUCGACGAAGCUCGUGCAUUAAACGAUCAAAGAGGAUUUUUACAGACAGAAACACUCGAGAAAAUUUCGAAACAGCUAGAGGAACAAAUUACACAAGCUACUGCCGCGGAAGAAAGAUUGAUCAAAUGCAAUGAGAUAAUUGAAAAAUUAUUGGAGGGAAUAGGGAAUCUUUUUCAUACCAUUGGUUGUGAUAAUUCGUCAAUUUUGGAUUUACUGGGGGAUAACACUUCUGUUACGAUGAACAAUAUCAUGCUCUAUUUAGGAAUCAUAGAAAAAAGAAUUACUGAGAUGUUCAACAAAGUUCAUUGGAUGGAUACAACGGGAAGAUCUGACUUUAUUCGACUUGAUGAAGAUAAAAAACCUAAACUUAAAGUACCCACGCUAUCUCAAAUUGCUCCUACUCAACCUUGUUCUUUGUAAGCCUAUCCUUAUGAAUAUUUUUUUUUCCUAUAUUCAAUUUUUUUAUUUUCUUAAUUUUCUCCAUUAUUCUUCAAAUAGAUGUGUAGAAAAACUCACAUUACAGAACGUAAACGAUUCAGAAAUUCAUGUUCCUCUGAACCGUGAUGAUAUUCAAAAUGAACUCCGUGAAACUGAAUUGCUGAAUA